AUGACUUCUCGAAAUCGGAGGCGCGUGCUGUCUGCUUGCGAGGCGAUCCACACAGUUCUCAGGAUGUUUGUAUGGUUCAUGCACUCCCUUCAGAUGUUUGUAUGGUUCAUGCACUUCCUUCAUUUGAUUGAAUAUCACUUGCCACAGUAUUUUCAACUCUUGCGAAAAAGAAGCUCGUCGUCAGGAGAGUUACAGAAUGACCGCGAGAGAGCCUUGGUAUUUGAAUGCGGGGGACGAACACCCGAAGAUUUUCCUUGGUGUUUCCGCCUCGGCUUUGAUAUGGCCGCAGGAGCUUCAUUCGGAGGCUCUCCUGUCGGCAGCUCUCGGAGAUUAGGGAACAAAUAUCUCAAUGCAUUUAGCUACGAUUGGUGUGGGGCGUUUUGGGCGGACAUUCACACGUGCUCGUUUAAGGGUACUGACACGUGGUUUACGCUCGAGGUUUGUGCUUUGGAAGAACUGACGGUGCUGCAGGAAGCCCGUGCAGCUGGAGAGGGACCAAGGAGUGAGGCCCGAUCGCGUCGUGAAACCCAAGGCAUUGUUUGUGGAAAGCUUGAAGUGAAGGCUCCGAUAGGUGUCUUUGGGGGAGUCGAGAGGAUUCCCGAGAGUGGCGAUAGGGACAAAGUUUCGAUUGUAAUGGGACUGAAUGGGGAUUACCUGUGUAUGGAGGCCCUGGAGACGGCGCUGGGAUACUGGGAGGACGCCCUGGCAGCCUACACGGCGGGGGUGACGGGGGGAGUCGCCCUCACCUCCCAGGACGAGGCGGAGUUCACGGCGCUCCUCCAGCGGGUGAUCGACGACGCCUACAGCCUGCAGGACCAGUGCGAACACCUCUUCCUCCACCAGCAUUCCGUGUUGUUCCGGUCCUCCAGCGUGACUCCGGUGCCCUCGGACGUCGCGGCGGAGGCCAGCGAGCGACGCACCCUCACCUCGGCGUCCUCCUACGAGUCCUUCGUGUCCGCCUCUGGGGAUAUUGCCGACUUGAGGGACUUGGAGGAGUUCGACGAGGCGCAGUACCCGCUGUACAUGGCGGCUCUCAAGCAGCACGAAGACGGAGGGAUUCCCUACAGGGACGUUCGGACAGAUCGAGUGAAGUGCGGCAGCGACGUGGAGUAUAUCUGCAAGGUCCAUUGCAUUCGCCUGGCGUGUCAGCUGCUCUUCGGACAGGAGGAGACAAGGCAGUUCUUCAUCGACUCCGGCAGACAGAUCAUCGCUGGUCUUCUCGUGCGAACGGAUAAGGACCCCAAGGACGUGCUGCUGGCAUAUGACGAAAUGCUGGAAUUCCUCUCGGACUGCGACUGGGGGGCCGUGGAGGGCGAGCUGCAGGGCCGAGGGGUCAAGGCUCUGACCUUUUACGACAUUGUGUUGGACUUCAUUCUCAUGGACGCCUUCGAUGACCUCGAAAGCCCGCCGUCGUCCGUGACGGCGGUGGUGCAGAACAGAUGGCUGUCCAAUGGCUUUAAAGAAUCGGCGCUGUCGACCGCGGUGUGGAGCGUCCUUCGAGCCAAAAGGCGCAUGUUGAAAUACCAAGACGGCUUCAUCGCGCACUUCUAUGACGUGUCGGAACACUUAUCUCCCGUCCUCGCCUGGGGAUUCUUGGGACCAGAUGAAAAUGUUAAAGAAUUAUGCACAUUCUUCAAGGACCAAAUCAUGGGGCUGCUGCAGGAGAUCUUCAGCUUCACCAGCGUCAGGUACACGACUGUGGAGGAGCUCGCCUCGGACGUCAUGACGGUGACCAAGGAGAGGUUUGAAAUCAUUUGUAAAAGGCUUGCGUUGUAAAGGAAGAGCAACGGUGUCAGACAUUCCUAUUUGUUGUAUUUGUAUUAUAGAUAUUUGAAUACAUAGACAAAGGGAAGAGUCGAGUCCCUGUGUAACAAACGUUGUAUUAUCCUGCGGUUGCAUUUGUGAACCAACGGUUAUGUUGUGGUUGCUGUAAUUCUUGUUACCAUUUUUGAGGGUUGAAAACAACAAACAUGCACAAACACGUUGUCCAACUUGCCAUACUGUAAACAGGUUCAAGAAACAGAAGGUUAUGAGGGUUGUUGCUCUUCAGCAAUGCAUUUGAGAGACACUAGGGAAUGAAGUUGCAGUACUGUUAAUUUUUUAUUCAUGAUUUGUUUUGUACAUUUUCUUGUAAUUGCAUCCAUUGAGAAUUCAUCAAUUUUAUGUAGCUCGUUUACCAAAAAAUGUGAGCAGGAGAAGAAUAUGGAAGAGAAUAUCUUUGGUACAAAUUUCACUCCUAGGCCUGUCAGCAUUACUGAGGAGUAUUAUGCAAUAUUUUGUGUAACAUGGCCAGCCUUUCUGUAUAACUAAAUCUUAUUCCAUAUGCAGUGAAAUAUGUCUGAAGUUUAGCUUUUUGCCUGCCAAAAUCAUUGCCUGAUUAGUGACUGGAUUUUGAUGUAUAAUUGAUUUGAUAUGACACAUGAUCCAUAUAUUUAAAGAAGAAAGAGAGGAGUCUAUGACAGGUGCUACUUGGGGGAAAAUGUUUUUGCAAUAAUUAAUGCACAAUAUUGAUAUUAGUAUUAUUUUUAGUGGCAUGCAGGUGUUAAUGGUGAAUGCUUGUCCUUAUUAUUAAGAUCAAAUCAUGAUAUGAAAAUGUAUAAAGAACACUUGAAUAUUUUUAUUUCAGAAGUACAUACUGUUUACCUUCCACGAUAUUCUAGAUUUACAGGUAAUUCAUUAAUGUACAUAUCAAGAAACAAUUAUAAUUAUCUUUUUAUCAUAAAUAUUAAGGAAGAGUUAUGUUACCAAAUGUGGUUGUUCGGAAGCAAUUUGAUAAGUGGGUAAUGAUUCUGCCAAUUGUUUCUAAUACAUACUGUGUAGAAAUCAGUGGGUUAAGUGAUGUCUUGGAAGUCUGUUGUCUCACUGAUGCAAAAUGUAGAUGGAUUUUUAGAUCUUCACUCACUUUGUUGCUUGUGAUGGCCUUUAACAUAUUAAACAAACAGCAGUAUGGAAGAUAAAAAAGACAGUUUUCAUGUGUAUUUGUAUGCGUGUGUACAUGUGUCUGUUUGUGUAGGUGUGUUUACAUACAUGUGAAGUUGUUAAUAACAGCUUACAUGUAGAUAAGGUUAUCCACAGAGGGAUCAAGGGCCAAGGCAACUCAGGCACUACAGGCACCAGAAAAAUACUGAUACAUGAACAAUAUAUUAUACAAACUGGGAAAUUUAAAACUAGUAUUUAUUUUAUUUUAUUUUAUUGUUUAUAUAAGUAUUUGUACACAUCUUGGCCAUAGGAUACAGGUUUGAAGUGAGGGGACAAAUGUGAUCAUCCCCCUAAUAUUAACACACUAAAUUAAAUAAGCCUGUGAAAACAAUUGCAAUCCUUAUUUUGAUUAGGCUAUCAUUGCACAUAUCCACAUUGAAGAUCAAGUGAUAAAGGGACUGUAUUACUUGCUUUACCAGGCUAUUGUAGUGCCAGGUACAGUUGAAACGUUAUCAAAAACCAUUUGUAGCAGUGCAACGUCAACAUACAUUUCUCAUUUUCUUGGAGAAGGAAGUGAUAGCCAUUGAAUACUUCAUUUUACAGUAAUAUAAAUGUACAUUUCCAAUUACAGAGAAUUUUGUAAUUCUAUUCUGGGAAAGGACCUCUUUGCUCUAACAGUGCCCACCCAACCCAGAAUUUUGGCUUGCCCAGACAGAAAUCAGACAGAAUCUGUCAGACAGAAGUCCCAGUUUGUUUAGGACCCCUACUUGCAUCAUAGCACGGAGACAGCUAAACAAGAAUCAAUAUUUCAAAGUAAAGUGUUUUCAAUACGGAAAUCAUCUCAUGCUACAUAUAUCCUUCAUUAAACUGGCUGGCCAUUGUGAACAAUAAUGAGGAUAAGUAAUUAAUAAUCAAAUGCAUGCACAGUGCAAGUUAGAUUUUAAAAGCAUUGUACAUCAGCAUAUGAAUAGACUCACCUAAAACAAAUUGUCUGCAAGCAGGCUCUGGACAGUAAUUUGGUAGACUAAUGAUAAGGUCAGUCAUUUAAAUACUCAUUUGUAACAAGAUAUGGUGCUUGCUUUCUUUUUCUUCUUCUUCUCCUCUCUCCUCUCUGUCUGUCAGACAUGGAGGCGACAUAUCAGGAUCAUUAUGAAACUAGCAGGACCUAACCAGUGGUAGAAAAUAAUUAUGCAAUGGAACAUGACUAUAGUAAAGAUAAGAAACAGUUUUAAAUACAUGAUAAUACAUACAGUAUGUGUGUGUAUGUGUGUGUGUGCACAUUUGCAUGUGCGUGUGGGUGUGCGUGUUUGAGCCCUAUGCAUGGGUAGUCAACAUAGAGGCUAGCUUUAGAUAUACAAAUAUGCAGUAGAACUAGAAGAGUUUGUUAUGCAUUAUCUAAUAUUUAGCUAGAAAAGAUCAUUAUUUUUGUUCACAUUUAGAUUUAUGCCAAUGCAUUAUGAAACAUUAGUAAAUCAGUACCAUUAAUGAAAGUAUAAACUUUGUAUGACACAGUGCAGAUGACUGUUGCUUCAGUAGUAAGAUUUCACAUGCAAACUCUACCCCAGGAUAAAGGAAUGUUUGCUUGAGGCCGGAUUUGUCUAAAUGUCCAGUUUUUUCAAAUGAAUGUUGAAGAUUAUUUUUGAUGGUUGUGCCCAUUUUCAGCCAUACAAGUAAUGCCUCUUAUUGAUGAUGGUAACAUAAUGUGUUGACUAUAUUCAAAGCAGUAUAAAACCUAAAUAAUUUGUAAAUAAUAUGGUUUUGUUGAUUAAAGUUAACAGAAUUGAAACCAUAGAA